AUGCAGCAAGCUAGCACCUCUUCUUUAUUUUGGACCAGCUUCCUUAAUUUGCAGAUUUGCGCCGACAGCGAGUCCGGCCUCCUGGAGACUCCCCUCACGAGCAACCCAGUGGAGACUCCCCUCGCGAGCAAUUUAUUCUGGACCAGCUUGGUUACUACAAGGCAGGUUUGGUGGCUGUUUGACUUCCCUAGCGAGCAACCCAGCCUCCUGCCUGCUUCCCCUGGCGCCGAUUUUGGAGCCGCCAGGAGCUUGCUUAAGCACACAGCUCUCGUUGUAGGGAGAGUAGUCCGCCGCUUUGCUUUGCUUUGCUUUGCUUUGCUGCCGUUGGAGAGUGCAAGCAGGCUGGUCCAAGCUGCUGCUUUUAAUCAAGCACCUGGCGGAGUAGAGCAGAACAACCAGGCACGUCCAUUAUUGGGGGAGUUCUCUUGA